CAGAAUCUUAUGGAUGCAAAAGCGAGGCCCAGAGGAAGCUGAAUAGUUCCUACCUUUUUGGACGUAUCCCACACGUGACCCGCAUAGCACUCUUUCUUCAACAAUUUCUCCCUCUUUCCCUCCUUCCAUCCCGCAACCACCAAAGAUGCGCUUCUCGCUGCUGGCCUUUUCGGCUCUCACCGCGGCUUGGAAUCUGGAUAAGUUUACUAACCUUGUCGUGUUCGGUAAUAGUUACACGGACGAGUCGCGCUGGGACUACUUUGCCAGUCACAAUGGUUCCGCGCCGCCAGUGGGCUGGGAUGAACCAGUGAGCAAUAAUACAAACUCGGGUGGCUUUGUCUGGACUCGAUUUGUCGCCAAUCAGACCGGGACGAAGCUAUCCAAUUACGCCGUGAGCGGCGCCGACUGCUCCAAGGAAAUCACACCACGCAUAGACGCCACAACCAAGAUUCCCAGAGCGUCUGUACUGGAGUACGAAGUUCCGGCCUAUCUUGCAGAAAUUUCAUCCCAGAAACCCCCACCCGAGUCCACCGUGUACGCUAUCUGGAUCGGCACCAACGACAUUGGCUAUGAGGGUUUCUUGACGGACUCGCAGAAUAAGAACUAUACUAUUGCGGCCUACGUUGACUGCGUGUACAGGGCGCUGGACGACAUCUAUCACUCAGGCGCGAGGAACUUUGUGCUUAUGAACUUGGCCCCUCUUCAUCUGGCCCCAUUGUAUGCGGUUCCGGAGAAGGGCGGGAUUACCGGCAAAGAGUCGUUGUAUUGGCCAUGGAAGUCGGCAAAUAUUACGGAGAUAAGCUAUAGAAUGAGGGAACAGGUAGUUACGUUGAAUCAAGUGUUCAAUUAUCGCACACCGUAUGAAUUGCUCAUCGCGAAGAGAUAUCCCGGUGCAAGUUUUGCCAUGAUGGAUACGUAUGGCUUGCUAUCCGAUAUCUACUACAACAACACGAAUUACCCGAAUAUCACCAACGUGACUGGCUACAUCAACCAUUGCGACCAGAAAACGAACAAGUGCACACGUCUACCACAUUCAGAAACGUUCCUCUGGUUUAACGAGCUACACCCAUCAGAGCAGACGGACAAGAUUAUUGCUGAACAGUUUAUUCAGGUGGUCAAGGGAGAAAGCAAAUGGGCAUCCUAUUGGUAGAUAGAUAGCAUAGCCAGCGUCAUGAAUGCAAGACACAACUGUUAUCAUUCCUUGAUAG